GGCCGGCGAGGCGAGGUGCGCGUGCGCGCGAUUGCUGGAGGGGAAAGGCGGAAGCGGAAGUUAGGGGGCGCGCCAGCUCGGAGCGAGGGAGCGCCCGCGGCGUCGGGUCCGGGUCCGAGGUCGCCAUGGGGCGAGGCAGCGGCACCUUCGAGCGUCUCCUAGACAAAGCAACCAGCCAGCUCCUGCUGGAGACAGACUGGGAGUCCAUCCUGCAGAUCUGUGACCUAAUCCGCCAGGGAGACACACAAGCAAAAUAUGCUGUGAAUUCCAUCAAAAAGAAAGUCAAUGACAAGAAUCCACACGUGGCCUUGUAUGCCCUGGAGGUCAUGGAGUCUGUGGUGAAGAACUGUGGCCAGACUGUCCACGACGAGGUGGCCAACAAGCAGACCAUGGAGGAGCUAAAGGAUCUGCUGAAGAGACAAGUGGAAGUGAACGUGCGGAACAAGAUCCUUUACCUAAUCCAGGCCUGGGCUCAUGCCUUCCGGAAUGAGCCCAAGUACAAGGUGGUCCAGGAUACCUACCAAAUCAUGAAGGUGGAGGGACACGUCUUCCCAGAAUUCAAGGAAAGUGAUGCCAUGUUUGCUGCUGAGAGAGCUCCUGACUGGGUGGAUGCCGAGGAAUGCCACCGGUGCAGAGUGCAGUUUGGGGUGGUGACCCGCAAGCACCACUGCCGGGCAUGCGGACAGAUUUUCUGCGGAAAGUGCUCCUCCAAAUACUCCACCAUCCCCAAGUUUGGCAUCGAGAAGGAGGUGCGCGUGUGUGAGCCCUGCUAUGAGCAGCUGAACAAGAAAGCGGAAGGAAAGGCAGCCUCCACCACCGAGCUGCCCCCGGAGUACCUGACCAGCCCCCUGUCUCAGCAGUCCCAGCUGCCUCCUAAGAGGGAUGAGACAGCCCUGCAGGAGGAGGAGGAGCUGCAGCUGGCUCUGGCCCUGUCGCAGUCGGAGGCAGAAGAGAAGGAGAGGCUGAGACAGAAGUCCACCUACACUGUAUACCCCAAGGCUGAGCCCACACCCACAGCCUCAUCAGCACCUCCUGCCAGCAGCCUGUAUUCGUCUCCUGUGAACUCAUCAGCACCUCUGGCUGAGGACAUCGACCCUGAGCUUGCACGGUACCUCAACCGGAACUACUGGGAGAAGAAGCAGGAGGAGGCUCGGAAGAGUCCCACGCCAUCUGCACCUGUGCCCCUGACGGAGUCAGCCACCCAGCCUGGGGAGGUGCAUGUGGCCCCUGCCAAUGUGGUGGAGACUCCCCUCCCGGAGACAGAUGCUCAGCCCAUACCUUCCUCCGGUGGUCCCUUUAGCGAGCAGCAGUACCAGAAUGGGGAGUCCGAGGAGAGCCACGAGCAGUUCCUGAAGGCCCUACAGAACGCUGUCACCACCUUUGUCAAUCGCAUGAAGAGCAACCACAUGCGUGGCCGCAGCAUCACCAACGACUCAGCCGUGCUCUCACUCUUCCAGUCCAUCAACAGCAUGCACCCACAACUGCUAGAGCUGCUCAACCAGCUGGACGAGCGAAGGUUAUACUAUGAGGGACUGCAGGAUAAGCUGGCACAGAUCCGUGAUGCCCGGGGUGCACUGAGUGCCCUGCGUGAAGAGCAUCGGGAGAAGCUUCGCCGGGCUGCCGAGGAGGCGGAGCGCCAGCGCCAGAUUCAGCUAGCCCAGAAGCUGGAAAUCAUGCGGCAGAAGAAGCAGGAGUAUCUGGAAGUGCAGAGGCAGCUGGCCAUACAGCGCCUGCAGGAGCAGGAGAAAGAGCGGCAGCUACGGCUGGAACAGCAGAAGCAGACAGUCCAGAUGCGUGCCCAGAUGCCCGCUUUCCCCCUGCCCUACGCCCAGCUCCAGGCCAUGCCAGCAGCUGGGGGCGUGCUCUACCAGCCCUCUGGCCCAGCCAGCUUCCCCGGUACCUUCAGCCCGUCAGGCUCAGUGGAGGGCUCCCCCAUGCACAGCGUGUACAUGAGCCAGCCAGCCCCCGCUGCCGGCCCCUACCCCAACAUGCCUGGGACUGCAGCAGAUCCCAGCAUGGUGAGCGCCUACAUGUACCCACCAGGGGCCACUGGGGCGCAGGCAGCCCCCCAGGCCCAGGCUGGGCCCACUGCCAGCCCCGCCUACUCAUCCUACCAGCCUACUCCCACAGCGGGCUACCAGAAUGUGGCAUCCCAGGCCCCGCAGAGCCUCCCAGCCAUCUCCCAGCCUCCACAGUCUGGCACCAUGGGCUACAUGGGGAGUCAGUCUGUCUCCAUGGGCUACCAGGCUUACAACAUGCAGAAUAUCAUGAGCAGCCUCCCCAGCCAGGAUGCAUCUCUGCCACCCCAGCAGUCCUACAUUGCAGGGCAGCAGCCCAUGUACCAGCAGAUGGCACCCUCUGGUGGCGCCCCCCAGCAGCAGCCCGCUGUGGCCCAGCAGCCACCAGCACAGGGGCCGCUGCCACAGGGCAGUGAGGCCCAGCUCAUCUCAUUCGACUGACCCAGGCCAGGAGCUCACAUCCAGAGUAACACUACGGCUUACCCAAAACUUCCUCUUCUCUAACUAGCCGUCGUCUCUGCCUCCCUGUCCUCUACUGCCAGUAGUGUUCCUUCUCUGUGAGUGGGUGUGGGCCUUUGCCCCAAGACCACUGCCCUUUCUAUCCACAGCCUGCUGCGGUCCCUGAGUUGGUUCUGACUUCUUUCCCCAGGGCUGGGCCAUGGGGGAGGGAAGGUGGGAGGGAAGGACCUUCUCUGAGGGGAAGCCCCCAGCCCUGUGGAUCAAAGUCUGUGCGGGAUGGCCGGAGUGGGGACCCUCUUGCCCCACUGUGAGCUGGUGGUUGUGUCCUGGCACGGCCCCAGACUUCCUCUUCAGGGGUCUCUCCUGGCGCCGCCACAGCCAAGGGUGGAGGCUGCAGGCAUCUCUAGCUUCUCUGCUUCUCAGCUGUCAUCUCCAGUUCCCCAGAAUGGAACAAUAAUAAAAUGUAUUUCAAAACGUA